GCAGAGUUCCGAGCAGCCGUUAGUUUUGCGUCUCCUCACAGAGAAACACAAGCUGACUACCCUGAACACGACUUGACUGUUUUGUAUCGCGUGGAUCUGCCCUUCUUUCCACUCUCUGGUGGGACUGUAACUUUUUGGUCUUAGUGGUUGAACUCGGUCCCAUCGUCGCUUCGCCAUGAGUGUGAGUGUGACCUCGGAGAACGUGUUUCACUCGGCGCUGCAGCCCAACACGACCGUCAGCACUUACGCGGUCCCCUCGCAAACCGAGCUCGCGCACGGCGGGACCCACGCCAAGGAGGUGGCGAGGUUCAAGCGCGUGAACCAGCAGGUGUCCAUGAGACUGGCGGAGAAAUCCACGCUCCCGCGCCAGAACGGCUCGUCGGCACAAUACGCAGCCUCAGAGUCUGGGAAUCAUUCGACAAUGACAAAAUAUUCAACAAUGAGCCAGAAUUUCACUCCAAAUUUCAGCUCUAAAUCCUCCGUCUAUGCCCCCAGCAGAUCAAUGACAGUCCGACGUCCAUCCCAGUACUCCAGUGGUUACUCAUCCCGUUCCGCCAUUGAUUUCGCCCCAAGAACCAAAAUGAGUUACACAGGAGGUGGUGGUGGUGGUGGUGGUGGUGGCGGCGGUGGGGCAUAUUACCAAGAAGAGUUUGGCAACGGCAGCUACCAGGGUGGCAGUUUCCAAGUCAGUGGUUACCAAAGUGGUGGUGGCCAAGUUCCACAGCAGCAGGUCAGCGCAAUGACUCGAUCCUUCAGUCGAAGGGGGGGCGACCCAGAGACUCUGUCAAUGCAUUCCAUGCGUUUGUCAUCCGUGCCACGCCAAAUGGUUUCUUCAUGGUUGGUGCAGGACGACAGCGAUUCCAGCCUGGUUUCAGAGCGUGACGCCACUUACACACAACAGGCCUCCAUGCAGAGCAUGAGCAACGGCUAUGCUGUCAACACCUACCCACGCCAGUCCAUGUAUUCAACCUCUAUGAUGAACGGAUUUGAAAACGGACAGCAGCAGGUCAGUUCCAUGACGCUGCCAGCCAUGAAACUCCCACCCAGCGGGACGCUGGGCUCUGGCGGUGGAGGCAUGGAGCAGGAGGUCUACGUUAGGGCUGCAUCCUUCAAAGGCCCUGCCCACCGCACCAUCAGCCGAAUGAACAACCGUCAAACAACUCGCGGGUCCAACAUGUCAUCAAGCAUGUACGGAAGUGCCGGAUUAAACGGCUCACAGAGCAGUAUGGCGGUGAUGCAGCAGGGAAGGCUGUCGCGCGCCGGCUCCGUCAGGAGCAUGCAUAGUGUCGGGAGAGGCAAGGAUGUGUUUGACGGCAUGGAUAUGAUGGGGAGCAUGGGCAAUCUGAGCGGAAUCAACUCUUUGGACAUGUUUACUGCCAUUGGCUAUCUUGGUGAGUCCGAUCAAAAUCUUCAGAUGUUGGGAGCUGCCUACAUUCAGCAUGAGUGUUACCAUAACAACGAAGCAAAGACACAGGUGAACGAGUUGAAGGGAGUUCCUCUUCUGGUGCAGCUGUAUACCAGCAAGAGUCGAGAGGUGCAGCACUUCGCCACCGGAGCCACCAGGAAUGUCAUCUACGAGAACAUGGAGAACAAAGUGGCUCUUAUCGAAGCCGACGGGAUCACCAAGCUCAUAGAGGCCCUUGGAGAAGAAGACGACGAACUCCGCAAGAACAUCACAGGUAUUCUGUGGAAUCUGUCCUCUAAGGAUAACCUGAAACACAGGCUGGCACAACAAACUCUUCCCGAAUUGACAGAGAAGAUUCUGAUUCCCCUCUCUGGCACCGGGGACCAGGACAUCGUCCUGCUGAACACCGCCAAGUCCGAAAUCUUCUUCAACACCACCGGCUGUCUCAGAAACUUGAGCUCGGUGAACGAGAAGACCAGAGAGAAGAUGAGAGCUACCCGUGGCCUUAUAAAUGCUCUGGUUGGCUAUAUUGAGAAACGCUUGGAGGACAGUGAAGUAGAUGAGAAGGGUGUGGAGAACGCAGCGUGUGUGUUGAGGAAUCUGUCCUUUCAGCUGUACAAUGAGAUGCCCCCUACAUCACUUAUACAGCUGGAGGGUCCGAAUCGAGCUCAGAGCUCAAAAGCAGAAGCUAUCGGCUGCUUCACCCCUAAUAGCAAGAAGGCCAAAGAUAGAAAAAAUCAGGACCUCACCACGUUUAGAGAAGUGUCCCAGCAGCCCAAAGACAUCGAGUGGCUCUGGCACCCUAAGGUAGUGGGCUUGUAUCACCGGGUCCUGAUGGGCUGUAAGAACUCCACAACGCGAGAGGCCGCGGCCGGAGCCCUGCAGAACAUCACAGCUGGAGACAAGAGGUGGGCAUCCAUCUUGAGUCGUGUGGCAUUAGAGCAGAAUAAGAUGUUGCCUGAUAUUCUGGAGCUCCUUAGCAAUAGCAACAAUCUAGAGCUACGUUCUCUCACCGGCUUACUCAGAAACUUAUCCUGUCAUGCCAAGGAUAAGAACCUCAUGGCCAAACAGGUGGUGGAUCCCUUGCUUGCCAAACUGCCCACCGAUGGCCGCUCGAAGGAGCCGUCAAGUGACGUGGUGGUGAACAUCUGUGGAGCCCUCAACAACCUGGUGACCAGCAGCAUGGUGGCUGCAAAAGAAAUCACCAACUGCGAAGGUCUGUCCAAGCUGAAGGGCAUCAAGACCACUCAUGACAACAGCUCUGCUAAACUGAAAGCUGCUAGAGCUGCGGCAACAGUGAUGAGCAACAUGUACCAAUAUAAGAAACUACACAGAGAUUACAGAUAUAAACAGUUCCUGAAAGAAGACUUUACAGACCUGGCCUAACUAAAUGGAUUAUAUUUAACAAUCAGGAAUAUAUUUAAUAAGGACAAUGGAUAAAGAAAACUCCAAACACUAACGGAGCAAGAGCAAUAUAAAUAUUCUGAAAUAUGAAAAAGUGGAUAACACACACAAGACUUUAUUGAACACUUCCUAUUUAGCAUAUUUUUGUUAUUUAAAAAAAAUCCUCAGGGAUUUAUUGCAAUAUGUCUUUUUUUUAUACUGGUAUUUGCCUGUAUUUUUAUGUGUAUUCUUAAUAUACAAAAACACAGACUAUCCAUGAUAUAAUAAUUAUAUCUUGGGAAUGUAAUCAAUUGUAUACUUAUUUUUGUAGAAUAAUAUCUGUAUUAUGAUGGCGAAGAAGACAUUUGAGCUUGAAAAUUGGAAUUGUGAGGAUGUAGAUAAUAUAAGAAAGCUGUAAUAUGUUUUAUAAUACACAAAAAUACACAUAAACACAGGCCAGAGGACAGAUUGGGGCUGUUUAUCACCCUUGUCAUAACAGAACUACUUAAUUCUUACUAUUCUGAAUUCUAAUGUAGUGGGUUUUCUUCUGUUUUGGUAUUUUGUUGUAUGUACAGAUAGUAUGUAUCAUUAUUUAGUGUACAAAACAAUAAAAGGAGGUUUAGUAAUUACUGUAAUGAUAAUGAAGAUGCAUGGUAAAAUGCAAUCUGAAUGUUUGAAUGGAAAGAUGAUUAAAACAUCAAUCUAUGCCAAAUGAUCAUUUUUGUUCAUUUAUGAAUUUUCCUAUUUUUCAUAAUUGUACAUGGUGCAAUAUGUUCAUUAAUUUGACAGGAAGCAAUUCCACUUACACGUAGGUUAUUUUUUUAUUAUUAUUAUAUUUUUGUAUAAACUUUUUUACAUAUAUUAUAGAUGCCAAAUGUUGAAUGUUUGGGUUGGGUUGGUAUGUUUCCAAAUUAUUUAAUCUGUUGUGUAUGCAACAUUGAAAGUUAUGACACUGUUAUUAGCGAUUUGCAAUCUUUAAAGAUUUGAGACAUGCUUUUACUGGAUGGAGACCCUUAUUCUGCAGAGAGGUCUUAAACUUUCUGACCUUUAAGAAUGCAUGGAAUGUUCUCUUUUCAAAGCCUUUGAUGAUCGAAUGUCUAGUGUAUUUUAUAAUUCAUCAUGAUUUCAUUGUAAAAUGCAUGAUGCGUGAAUGUCAUAGACCUAUGUUCGUAUUAAAAACAAUAAAAAGGAAAUAAAGA